AUGUCCUAUUCUUCUCCUAUGACUCCGCCAACCUCAGACGACGAGAGCGGCCUCACUCGCCGCCGUCCCAACCCCGUCGACCAGCUCGACCCCGCCUACUCUCCCCCUCACACCCCAGAGGCCGUCCCUUCAAAAUCCAGAUCAGAGACUCAGAAUGGCGUCCACCCUAUCAAGCCUACUAUGCAGGCUUCUGACCGCCACAUUCCCGACAACUAUGUCACCCACACCAUUUCUACCCAGAAAUACCUCCCACCCAUCACAUGGAAGAAUUUGAUCUACAAUAUCCAAUGGAUCUCUUUCCUCGCCCUUACCGUCACACCUUCCCUUGCCAUUUACGGUAUCUUCUCCACAGACUGGAACACCAAGACUGCUAUUUGGAGUGUCGUCUACUACUUUAUUACUGGUCUUGGUAUCACUGCUGGUUACCACCGUCUUUGGGCCCACCGAGCUUACAACGCUGGCCUUCCUCUGCAAUACCUCCUCGCGGUCGCCGGCGCCGGUGCUGUCGAAGGUUCCAUCAAGUGGUGGUCCCGAGGCCACCGAGCUCACCACAGAUACACCGACACCGAGCUCGACCCGUACUCUGCCCACAAGGGUUUCUUCUACUCUCACGUCGGAUGGAUGCUGGUCAAGCCCCGAGGCAAGAUUGGUGUCGCUGAUGUCAGUGACUUGUCGAGGAACAAGGUCGUCAGGUGGCAGCACAAGAAUUAUAUCCCCUUGAUCCUUUUCAUGGGUUUCAUCUUCCCUACUCUUGUUGCUGGUCUUGGAUGGGGUGACUGGAGGGGUGGUUUCUUCUUUGCCGGUGCCGCCAGGUUGUGCUUUGUCCACCACUCCACUUUCUGUGUCAACUCUCUCGCUCACUGGCUCGGUGAACAGCCCUUCGACAACAAGCACACUCCUCGAGACCACAUGAUUACCGCUUUCUGCACCAUCGGCGAGGGUUACCACAACUUCCACCACCAGUUCCCCAUGGACUUCCGUAACGCUAUCAAGUGGUUCCAGUAUGACCCUACCAAAUGGUUCAUCUGGACCGCCUCUCAGCUCGGUAUGGCUUCUCACUUGAAGCGUUUCCCCGACAACGAAGUCAAGAAGGGUCAGUACACCAUGAAGCUCCAGCUCCUCAAGGAGCAAGCCGACGAGCUCAAGUGGCCCAAGUCGAGCAACGACCUCCCCGUCAUUUCUUGGGACGACUUCAAGGCUGAAGCCAAGGAGCGUUCUCUCGUUGCCAUCCAUGGUUUCAUUCACGACUGCUCUUCCUUCAACGAAGACCACCCCGGUGGUGCCCACCUUAUCAAGCGAGCUAUCGGUACCGACGCUACCACCGCCUUCUUCGGCGGUGUGUAUGACCACUCGAACGCUGCCCACAACUUGCUCGCCAUGAUGCGAGUCGGUAUCCUCGACGGUGGUAUGGAGGUCGAGCACCUCAAGAAACGCCCCGCCUCCACUUCCUCCUCCGUCACCGCUUCCCCCGUGUCUUCCGCCGCCUCAGAUGACAUUCAGUCUCUGCCAGACGACGAAGACUUCCGCCUCGAUCAAACUCAGCUCAACUCUCAGGGUCCCAAGCCUAAAGCUCCCUUCGGCCAGCCUCAGGCGGUCGUGGCGGACAGGUGGACACUGUCGGUGCCUCCGAGUGAAAAGUUGAGGAUUGUGCAGACCGUGCCAGAGAUGAGGCCGGGCUUGUUUACGGGCAAGAGCGCUGGGAGGUUAGAAAGCGCGACCAAGGCGGACGUCGGAGGUGAGGUCGACGAGUUGAUUGGGGAGGCUGAGGCGUAG